GGGGUUGGGGCGCAGGCAACAAGUCCGUGAUAGAGUGGGUUGCAUAUUCCCCCCGUCCAUGAGCCCCAACGACAUGAGCUCUCAAGCAGAAGAUGAUAUCCGCGAUCAAGCAGCCUGCAAGUGCAAAUCGUCAACUUUAUUAUCGUCCUAUUGCAUUGAUAGUAUCCUCGGCAGGAGAAGUCCUCUUAAAGUCAGAGUUCUUGAAAUACAAAGUUUGACAGCACCGCUUCGAACACAGGAGUGCAUUCAUUCAAACGAAGCUGUGCCAGAUAUGUGUGUACCACAUCAAGCGGACAUGUACCUGUCGCCCAAAAUGUGCCGCCCGUUUAGUCCAUUAAAUAAAAAUAUUCAUGAAGACGAAGACGCAACAGGAGAGAGGCUUGUGGAGAGUACGUAUGAGAAACUGAAAAUCACACAAGCGCCACAGGUCAGCAUCAGCCGAAACAAAUCCUACCGGGAAAAUACGCUGCUCAGUUCUUUCAAGAAUAACACUUCUAACCACAAGCCGGACGAAGCUGAGACAAAUAAAGGCAGAGCCUGUCGACAGACAAGUCUAUCUCCUGGACACGAAGAGGGGUUGAAAGACGAAAAUGUAAACUUAAGGGACAGCGAGGACAGCGUUUGUUUGUCAGCAGGCAGUGAUGCAGAGGAUGGGACAUUAAAACGGAAACAAAGGAGAUACAGGACUACAUUCACAAGUUACCAGCUAGAGGAGUUGGAAAGGGCGUUUCAAAAGACACAUUACCCUGACGUGUUCACAAGAGAGGAAUUAGCAAUGCGACUAGAUCUUACAGAGGCGCGUGUGCAAGUCUGGUUCCAGAACCGACGUGCAAAAUGGAGAAAAAGAGAGAAGGCUGGGAUUCAGGCCCAUCCUCUGGGCCUCCACUUCCCUGGACCCCUCACCACAGGCCAGCCCUUGUGCCAUUAUUUAGGUGGGAGUCCAUUCACCACCAGCCCACACCCAGCCCUUGAGUCAACCUGGCCAGCCUCCUUCCAUGGACUAAGCCAGGCUCUCCCAAGUGUUGCGCCCCCCCACAGAAUCAGCUCUCUGCUCGGGGCAGCCAUGUUCAGGCACCCGGCCUUCAUUGGACCGCCCUUUGGAAGACUCUUCAGCAGCAUGGCUCCCCUGGUGCUGCAGAGACUACCUCUGCCCCCUGCAGAGGCACCGCUACAGUCCCCCCCUAAUGCACCCGAUCCCCCUCCCCCUUCUUCCUCCAUCCCGGCCACCACCUCUCCACCCGUGGACCGCAGAGCGUCCAGCAUCGCAGCCCUGCGGCUCCGAGCCAGGGAGCACUCGGCUCAACUCCGCCAGAUCCACAUCCCAGUUUGUGAUGUUACGGGGAAAAUGCCCUAAGGUCUCCCCCUAAAGGCGCCAAAGUCAAACUGCACUACAGCAUGGAGCGUACCUCUGGGAGCCCAGCGUGUGAAGAACUGAGCCCUAAUACCAAGCCCGACUACUGAAGCUUCACGGCGGCUUUCCUGGACGGAUGCAAUGCCAAAGGUUCUGCUGCAUAAAAACUGGUCUCCCAACAAAGUCCCAUAUAUCUUACAGUCUACUAAAAGAUCGCAUUUAUUGUAUUGAUAGACAGAAUAUAGGUAGGAUACACUUUAAUGGAUGGUCUUCUUGUGUUCUGAAAAAGUUUUCUAUGUGUUUUAUUAAACUUCUGAGCCAGCAAUGUGAUGUGAUAGGCAAAAAGGAAAAUAAAGCCCUCGAGGUUAAGCAUC